CUUCAUUGAUGUGUGCUUGUUGUGGCUAAGAUGGCGGUGGCUGUGAGAAGUUUGCAAGAUCAGCUCGAGAAAGCAAAGGAAAGCUUGAAAAAUGUUGACGAGAAUAUCCGCAAAUUAACGGGCAGAGACCCAAAUGAACUCAGACCUGGCCAAGCCAGGCGACUGACUGUUCCAGGCCCCGGUGGAGGUAGGGGGCGUGGCAUCAACUUGCUGAGGCGUGGAAUCUCUGACUCUGGUGUAGGACCUCCAGCUAAGCAAAGGGAUAUUGAAGGAGCACUUCUGCGACUGGCUGGAGACCAGAGAGCAAGGAGAGAUUCACGCCAUGACAGUGACGCUGAGGACGAUGACGACGUCAAAAAACCAGCGUUGCAGUCAUCUGUCGUUGCUACCUCCAAAGAGCGUACACGUCGAGAUCUGAUUCAGGAUCAGACCAUGGAUGAGCGAGGAAAACAAAGAAAUCGACGCAUGUUUGGCCUGUUGAUGGGAACAUUACAGAAAUUUAAACAAGAAUCUAAUGUCGCUACUGACCGGCAAAAAAGACGGCAGGAGAUUGAGCAGAAAUUGGAAGUGCAAGCUGAGCAAGAGCGUAAGAAAGUGGAGGGAGAGAGACGAGAGCUCUUUGAAGAGAGACGAGCAAAACAGACUGAGCUGAGGCUUCUGGAGCAGAAAGUGGAACUUGCCCAGUUGCAAGAGGAGUGGAAUGCACACAAUGCAAAGAUAGUCAAGUUCAUUCGUACAAAGACUAAGCCACCCAUCUUUUACGUGCCUGGUAAAAUGUGCUCCGCAACCCAGAAGCUGUUGGAGGAAUCUCAGAAAAAAAUGAAUGGCAUGUUUGAGGAGAGGCGUAAGGCUUUUGCCGAGCACCUCAACAAGAUGGAGGCUCGGCCGCGGCGCCAGUCCCAGAGGGCUGGCGACCGGGAGCAGGACGAGCGCACCCAGGAGGAAGGCGCGAAGAAAGAAGAGCAAGAGGAGGGUAAGCCGGGUCAGGUAGUGGAGGUGACGGGUAACCGCCACAAUGUGGAGAUGGAGGAGGAUGAGGAGGAGGAAGAGGACAAGGAGGAAGAUGAGGAGAUGGAGGAAGGGGAAGAGAAAGAGAAGGAGCCUAAGGGUAGAUCAGGGCACCGGCAGGACAGGGAGUCAGGUGAGAAAGGACAGGGGGAUGAGAAGAGGAAGAGGGUGGAGGAUGAGAAGAGGAAGAGGGUGGAGGAUAAGGAUGAGGAAGACGAGUCUGAGGAGGAGGUAGAGGCCAAGGUAGCGGAGGAGCAGAUGGAGGCAGUCGAGUUGGAGGAGAGGAAGGAUGAGGAGGAAGCAGGUAAGGUGGAUCAGACUAUGGAGGAGAGCCCAGAGGCAGAGGUGAUGGCAGAGGAGGUAGGUAGCCAGAGUAGGCAGGACAAGGAGGACGGGGAGGGUAAGGGCCCCCAGCAGCAGGAGCCGUUGACGACCGAGCCCCAAACCCCAGAAAAUGGCAUGGAAGGCCCUCCGGCUGAGGCCAAAGAUCCUGUCCUGGAACUUUCGAUCCCUCUAGUGGAAGCCACAGAUGGCUCCCCAGCCCCUGCCCCCGCCCCAGCCCCAGUUCCCCAAACUACAGCACUUGGCGGCGCCGUUCUUGCCGCUCCUAUUACCGCGGCGCCCCUCGACACCCCCGUUCAACCGUCCACACAGGAGGAGCAGCCUGCCGCCCUCCCAUCUCCCGCAAAGGACGCGCCCAAAGAGGCCAGCGCAGACGGGCAGCCCGAGGCCGACCGGGAGCGCGGCCGUGCCAAGGCCAAGGACAAGGUCAAGGACAAGAAGAGCAAGAGCCGGGGCGGCAGCAGCAGCUCUACGUCCUCGAGCAGCGGGAGCAGCACGUCGUCCAGCGGGAGCAGCUCCUCGUCUAGCGGCUCCAGCUCCCGCAGCAGCUCCAGCGGCAGCUCGUCCAGCUCUUCCAGCUCCAGUCGGAGCCGGAGCCGGGGAAGGGACGCGCACGGCCACAACCGCGACCGCAAGCGCCGAAGGAGGCCCUCCGAAAGGGAGAGGAAGAAGGGAGGUGACCGCAGCCACAAGUCUUCCAAGAGUGGCGGGGGAAGUGGCCGGGACGGGAAAGGGUCUAAGGAUAAGUCGGACCGGAAGAGAACCGGCUCAGAGGGAGGCCGGUCAGGGAAGAGGCACUCACGUAGCGAUCGUGACCACAAGUCCGACCGUAAAGAGAAAAGGCGUUGAGAAAAUAUGGGUUUAAAAAAAAAUCUUUUAAGUGUCAGAUGUCUAUCUUGAGAAUACAACUAGGCUGGCAGUUGGCAGUCAUAUGCUGGAUGUUGAACUGCAGAGAUUGAGUGGGGAAUUACUGGGGGUGGGGGGGGAUAGGACUGUUGAAUGAAGUCUCCACGUCUCAAAAUGUUAGAUCAAAUAUGGCCUUUUUUUUUUUUACCUUUAUCUCCAUCUCCAGAUUUCAGUCUAGCACCUAAUCAUUUUCCUUUUAGGAGUCGUGUGCUUUCAUCUGUGAUUUUUAAAACUUCUUUUUAUAGUCUGCUUCAUGAAAAGGUUUUUUUUUUUUUUUUUUUUCCCCAAAAAAACCUCUGCAUAUGCUAAGGGAUGAGCCAACGAGACCGGCGUCUCAGUGAUCUUUCGCUCUUGCGGUGUGGGGCUGACUGUCCUAUUUUUGUGCUGUAGAAAAUCAGGCUGCGCUACACAGGUGUACCUCUUUUCUUUUUUUUAGCUAUUUUAGCAAAUGUUGACUCUAUGCCAGAUCAAACACAGGAAGGCGGGGGGGCGUGGGGAGUCUUUUAUGAGGUUAGCUUCAUAAAAGGAUGUUUUUUUGUACAAUUGACAGAAAACAAUAAAAAGAGGUUAACUGAAA